AAACAAAGCUUUUUCCGUUAAAUUCUUGUGAAUAAAUGCUUAAAUCCCUGAAUUCGUGAUAGGUAUGGACGUGAAACGGUCUCGAUUCUUGGUUAAAAGCAAAAAAAAAGUGCAGUUUGCAUUUAUUUCAGGUAAAUAUGUCGAAGAAUGAUGCUACUCAGUUAGCAAAUGUAGCGGCGGCCUUCUGAAAACAGCUUUUUCCUUUAAAUUCUUGUGAAUAAAUGCUUAAAUCCCUGAAUUCUUUAUAAAUAUGGACGAAAAACAGUCUCGAUUCUCGGUUAAAAGCAAAAACAGAAAACGUGCAGUUAGCAUUUAUUUGAUGUAAAUGUCGAAGAAUGAUGCUAGUCAGUUAGCAAAUGUAGCGGUGGCCUUCUGAAAACAGCUUUUUCCGUUAAAUUCUUGUGAAUAAAUGCUUGAAUCCCUAAAUUCCUUAUAGAUAUGGAUGAAAAACAGUCUCAAUUCUUGGUUAAAAGACAAAAAAAAAAUAGGGCAGUUAGCAUUUAUUUUACGUAAAUAUCUAGAAGAAUGAUGCUAGUCAGUAAGUAAAUGUAGCGGCCGCCUUAUGAAAACAGCUUUUUUUCAUUAAAUUCUUGUGAACAAAUGCUUAAAUCCCUAAAUUCGUUAUAGAUAUGGACGAAAAACAGUCUCGAUUCUUGGUUAAAAGCAACAAAAAAAAAAGUGCUGUUAGCAUUUAUUUCACAUAAAUAUUGCAAACUAUGAUGCUAGUCAGUAAGCAAAUGUAGCGGCCGCCUUAUGAAAAUAAAGCUUUUUCCGUUGAAAAUUCUUGUGAAUAAAUGCUUAAACCCCUGAAUUCUUUAUAGAUAUGGACAUAAAACAGUCUCGAUUCUUGGUUAAAAGCAAAAAAAAAAAAACGGAAAGUUAGCAUUUAUUUUAUGUAAAUGUAUAAUAUAACUUUUAGUGAUGUUCAUCAACAAGCUAGCUAAAGUUAACAGUGGAUGCUUCUAUUCACAUGUUUUUAUUUCCCUCCUAAGCGGCAAUUUACUUUGUUUUCUAAAGUCUUAACUGUGUUGACACCAUGUUAAUGCAUUCCAAACCGCUCCCCGUCGCGUUAUCGCAUACUCACUCACACUAUUCCAAGGCAAACCCGAUCCUUCCUCGCGCAUCUCCCUAGAGUCUACACUUUGUCCUGGCCAUGUGGGCUUUAUUCCUCCUUUUUUCCGUGUUUUCGCGUGGCUACGGGUCCGCGCAUCCGCACACACUCCACGGCUGCUGCCUGGACGGGAAAUCGAGGGCUCAGAAUAUAUUCAACUGCACUGACCUCCCGUACAUCUCAAACUCUCACAUGUGCAGGCUAGCUCAAGAACAAUGCUGCACGGCAGUCAUGGAGGAUUUGAUAUGCAACUACGGUACCUACAUGGCCAACUGGCAGGGGGCUUGCGAAAGGCACUUCUUCAUCGGGAAGCCUUGGGAAAAUCGGAUCGCCAAGAGGUGCUGUGACUGCUGCAUGUUGGGGAUGGCGUCAGCAGAACACGACUCGACUUGUGAGAUGACUUACAUGGAGUUGGGGAGAGAUUGCGAGCACGUCGCUAAAAUGUGCUGUGACAAAAACUCCAUGGCAACAGACAAUUCUACUGAAGAAGUGAAUGUGACCAGCAUAUUGACAGUGACUGGAACCAUUGUACCAGCAGUGGAUUUUAAUUUUACUAUCAUGCCUAUUGUGGCAGCAGACAACUGUUCAGUCAGGAAUUGCUCUCAGCUUUGUAUUGACGACGGAAUCUGUGCCUGUUUUGUCGGUUAUCGACAAGGAAGUGACGGAAUUACCUGUGAGGAUAUUAACGAGUGUCUGCUCGGUGCUCACAACUGCGUCGUCGGCCAAACUUGCAUCAACACAGAAGGCUCGUUUCGCUGUCAACGGGAAAUCAGCUGCGACGCCGGCUACGAACUCGUGGACAGGAACCGAUGCCGAGACAUUGACGAAUGCGCUUUGAAUCGUCAUAACUGCGGACCGACCUUCGAGUGCGCCAACACUGAAGGUUCAUUCCGCUGUUACCCGAAGGAAACGUGUUCUGAAGGAUUCGUUCACGACGCUGUCGGCAACUGUAUCGACAUCGACGAGUGUGUCGGCGGCUCAGGAAUGUGUCAACCCGGCCACACGUGCGGCAACACUGUCGGCUCGUUUAUUUGUCGCAGAAACAACAUCACCUGCGGACGAGGCUACCACCUGAACGUGGAGGGCACAGGCUGUGAAGAUGUCGAUGAGUGCCAGACGGGGAACAUGUGCAGGGGCCACAGCUGUGUCAACAUGUUGGGCACGUACCGCUGUAAAUGCAAUACUGGCUUUCUGUUCAACAACAUCGGCAGGUUCUGUGAAGAUAUCAACGAGUGCAAGCAUUAUCCCCAGACGUUAUGUGCCCACAAGUGUGUCAACACAGAGGGGACAUACCUGUGCAGCUGCUCCACUGGUUUCCGCCUAUCCAUCGAUGGCAAGAAUUGCGAAGACGUCGAUGAGUGUAAGGAUAAACCGUGCAGCCAAGAUUGCAGGAAUGUCUACGGCUCCUAUGAGUGUUUCUGUUACGGUGGCUACCAGUUGAGGGAUGCUGACGGAGUAACGUGUGAAGAUAUUGACGAAUGUGCGUUGCCCACCGGUAGCCAGAUGUGCACCUACCGCUGCUCCAACGCACUCGGGAGCUACGAGUGCACAUGUCCAUCUGAGGGGUACACGUUGGCAUCUGAUGGCCGCACUUGCCAAGAUAUUGAUGAGUGCGCCAGCGGGAGCUUCUCUUGCGAGGACUCUGAGUUAUGCUUCAACAUCCUCGGAGGGUAUCGUUGUUUGCUCCUUCAGUGUCCGCCUUACUAUCGGCAGUCGGCACAUAGAUCUGUGGGCAAGAACUCGGUCAGCGUACGAUGCCACAAAGCUUGCCAACCCAACAACGUUGCCUGCUUGCAAGACACCGUCCAAAUUGUCACUUACACUGUCGUUUCCCAGCCAAGUUACAGACACCUUGAUCAGCCCGAAGAAAUUGUUAAACUGCGAACGUCCAUACCAGCGCAACGCUUCAACGGUGAAAUUGAUGUCGAUUUUGAAUUACUGAGGACGGACAAUGAAAAGUCCUUCGAAGUGAUAAAGCGCCAUUUCCAGGGUUACGUCACUGGUGUGGUGAACCUGGUGAAGCCAGUGGCCGGCCCACAGGAAAUUGAGCUGCAAGUGUUGCUGAACUACACCAAAUCAGGAGCGGUCUCGCACCGCAACGUCGUCGUCGUCUACAUUGUCUUCUCUGAAUUCUGGUUCUGAGUUGCAUAUUGCAACUGUUAUUUAAUUGUGUGCAUAGCUCUUUUGGAGUUUUAUGAGGUAAUGCACCUCAUAAAACUGCAAAAUCUGAUUUUCAGUGCAGUUGAUCAUAACAUGUCCACUCUGUCAUAGCUUAAUAUCAAAUAUAUUGAAUUAUAUCAAAAGUUUUAUUUUUAAAAUGAUGAUCAAGUAUCCAAAGUCAUGUUAGCUGUUAUGCUAGCAAAGAAGGCUAACUUUUGCACAAACUGUCCCCUCUGUUAACGUCCACUCUGUUACAUCCUAAUGGCACCCUGUAAAAAAUGAUAAUCAAGUAUCCAAAGUCAUGUUAGUUAUUAUGCUAUCAAAGAGGGCUAACUUUUGCUCAAAAUAUCCCCUCUGUUCACGUCCACUCUGUCACGUCCAAAUGGCACCCUGUUAAAAAACGAUCAAGUAUCCAGUCAUCUUAGCUAUUAUGCUAGCAAAGAGGGCUAACUUUAGCACAAAAUGUCCCCUCUGUUAAUAUCCACGCUGUCAUGUCAAAAUGGCACCCUAUUAAAAAAAUGAUCCAGUAUCCAAAGUAAUGUUAGCUAUUAUGCUAGCAAAGAGGGCUAACUUUAGCACAAAAUGUCCCAUCUGUUAACAUCCCCUCUGUUAAAUCCAACGUCAUGUUAGCUGUUAUGCUAGCAAAGAGGGCUAACUUUAGCACAAACUGUCCCCUCUGUUAACGUCCACUCUGUUACAUCCAAAUGCCACCCUAUUAAAAGAAAUGAUCAUCAACUAUCCAAAGUCAUGUUAGCUAUUACGCAUGCAAAGAGGGCUAACUUUAGCACAAAAUAUCCCCUCUGUUAAUGUUCUGUUACAUCCAAAUGGCACCCAAUAAAAAAUAAUAAUCAAGUAUCCAGUCAUGUUAGCCGUUAUGCUCGCAAAAAGGGCUAACUUUAGCACAAAAUGUCCCCUCUGUUAACGUCCACUCUGUCACGUCCAAAUGGCACCCUAUGAAAAAAAAUGAUCAUCAAUUAUCCAAAGUCAUGUUAGCUAUUAUGCUAGCAAAGAAGGCUGUCCCCUCUGUUAAUGUCCACUCUGUCACCUCCAAAUGGCACCCUAUAAAAAAAAAUGAUCAUCAAGUAUCCAAAGUCCUGUUAGCUAUUAUGCUAGCUAAGCUAAGGGCUAACUUUUGCACAAACACUCUGUUGGUGUCCACUCUGCUACAUUCAAACGGCUAUAAAAAUUGAAUUAUUUGCAAAUGUAUUUCCCGGAAAUUGGCAAGAAAAAUGUAAUAUUCAGAUGUCUCUCAAGACAGUGUUAUUUUCAAACAGAAAUGUACAUACUGUAUUAACUUUUGUCAGUUCAACCUGUUUGAGUGAUGAGUUUUACACUGGAUUUUCUAAUAAAACCUUCCAUCUGUGUAAUGAAUAGGGACUAUUAAAGACUAAUUGCCAUUAAAGUGGUCACUUUUUUGUGUUGAGGGGAGCCACCACAUCCUCCCUGGCUUGCAGAAAUCAAAUACAAGAGCUCUUCCAAAGUCAUCCAAGUCUGUCCUGUUUUUCCUGUAACUAUACACGGCCGGUUUCCUCAACAAACUUCCAGUUUUGUGAGGAUAUUUCCAGUUAUUACCGCUCGCAGGGAUGAAUAAUCAGAUAUACAAUCCUGGAAAUGUUUUGCUCUGUAAAUAACUCAUGUUAAAGAUGAAAAAUGGCUUGAGGGCGAAUACUUUGCCACGUAUAUAAUCAACUGAUCUGACUUUGACCACCACCGGCGUGCAUCUCAUGGCCAACCAAAACACAGGGGGCAACCAUAGAGGGGGAAAAUCCUGUGAUCUAAAC